UCGGCGGACACAUUCACUGCGAGAGAAGCAAGAAUGAGGCUCGACGCCGGAGACAGGAGAAAGGCGAGAGGAGAGGAUGUGGGGGGCGGAGCGAGGUAGUAAAAGGCAUCCUCCCCCGCUCUCUAGCGAGCGUGCGGGUAGCGUAGCCGCUACCAGCAACAGCAGCCCCGUUAUUAGGGACUGAGCUGAUACGGCGCGGAAGCAAAAUGUUCUAAGGCCGUAGCCGUUCCUGGGCAGGAAGGAGCCUGCGUAGAGUCGGAGGCCAUGGUGGAGCUACGCGAGAUGGACUGCAGCGUGCUUCGGCACCUUCUGCACCGGGGGGACUGCACCGGCGGGACCAGUUCCUCAGCUGCUCCCGCAGGCGGGAAGUGUCUCCUCUUGGACUGCAGGCCCUUCCUCGCUCACAGCGCCGGGUACAUCCGCGGCGCGCUCAACGUGAGAUGCAACACCAUCGUCCGGCGGCGGACCAAAGGGUCGAUCAGCCUGGAGCAGAUCUUACCGGCGGAAGACGAGGUGCGCUCCCGCCUACGUUCGGGUCUCUACUCGGCCGUGGUUGUGUACGACGAGCGGAGCCCGCGGGCCGAAUCUGUGCGGGAGGAUAGCACCGUGUUGCUGGUGGUGCGGGCGCUGCGCAAGGACACGGAGCACACCGACAUCUGCUUGCUGAAAGGUGGCUACGAACGAUUCCAGUCAGAAUAUCCAGAAUUCUGCACAAAGACAAAAUCUCCCACAGCAGCCUCUACUCUGGUGCCUGUGGAGCAUCUGGACCAUAGCUGCAGUUCCUGUGGGACACCACAGCAUGACCAGGGUGGCCCCGUGGAAAUCUUGCCUUUCCUCUUCCUUGGCAGUGCUCAUCAUGCAGCUCGGAGGGACAUGUUGGAGGCCUUGGGAAUCACAGCCUUGUUAAAUGUUUCAUCUGACUGCCCCAACCACUUUGAAGGACACUUUCAGUAUAAGUGCAUUCCAGUGGAAGAUAACCACAAAACUGACAUCAGCUCCUGGUUCAUGGAAGCCAUUGAAUACAUUGACGCUGUGAAGGUGUGUCAUGGACGGGUGCUUGUGCACUGCCAAGCUGGCAUCUCGCGAUCAGCUACCAUCUGUUUGGCUUACCUAAUCAUGAAGAAGCGAGUGAAGCUUGAGGAGGCCUUUGAGUUUGUCAAGCAACGUCGGAGCAUCAUCUCUCCGAACUUCAGCUUCAUGGGUCAGCUGCUUCAGUUUGAGUCCCAGGUGCUGACGUCAUGUGCCGCUGAGGCUGCAAGCCCCUCGGGAACCCUAAGAGAAAGGGGGAAGAACUCAUCCACGCCUACAUCUCAGUUUGUCUUCAGUUUCCCAGUCUCUGUGGCAGUGCAUUCCACUUCAGGCAGCCUUCCUUAUCUGCAUAGCCCUAUUACCACCUCUCCCACCUGUUAGAGUAGGCCUUUGGGGGUUGGAACUAGGGAUGUCAAAGAGCAGAAUCCUACAGCCCCAUUGGCAAUGGCUAUAGGCAAUAAAGAACUUUGCCCCCCCACCCCCGGCCGAACGGAAUGCACCAAAGACAGAGCAAUUAGGGCAAACUUUGCAGCUAGAAUGGAACCUGGUGGGGUGGUGGGUUCCAGCAUGUCCUUUCUUGGCAAGAUGUCUUACCUCAUUUUUUAAAUAUAUAUAAAAUAUAAAAAGCUUGAAGUUUUGAA